AGCAGCCUUGAGCUCCUCCGUCAGAACAGAAAUAACAGGGAAAGGCUCGGGCUGAUGUAGAACAUCACAUCUAGCAGUCCUCUGUGCCCAUCAAUCCACAAAGCUCACUCAUGGAGGGCUACAUCCGCGACCGCAUCGCGACUUACUCCGUCGGGACCUUCACGAUCGUCAUCCCGUUCGCCGUCGCGCGCAAAGCGGACACCGACCUGGCCCAGUACGCGCUGGUGACCGCCACGGGUCCCGACGUUCCCGCCGUUCGCUACCUCACCACGCUCAACUCCACGUCACCCGCCGAGCUUUCCCCCGACGGAAAGCCGGUGCUGUGGGUUGUGCCUGACGUGGAACCAACGCAAUCGCAGGCGCCCGGAAGCACGCUUGACGCGCUGCUCGCUCAACCUUGGGAGAACCCGCCGCUCCAACUGAUGGGUGGCACACGCUCGGACGCUGGGACAUCAUAUGGGCGGGCGCUGCAGGCGGAGCUCCUGCUAGAAGAGGAUGCGCUGCUCAGGGUGUGCUGCUACUGCGGCAGCAUGGAAAACGCAAACUGGCCUCUAUCGGACCGAUAUGAGAGGUGUGAUGGGAGCGGUUAUACCUCCUUGUACUGGUGCAGCAAGUGCGCCGGCAAGACUUUUUUUGGUCGUGCACUCACUUCUCUCGGUCGCAGGGUGUUAUCGCUGACCCGCACAUGAUUCCUUUGGGCCAGAAGCUCGCCCAUGGUCUCUGUAUGUUGUACAUCCAUAUCAUACUUAUGACAACGAUGAUCGUUCGUAA